AUCUUGUCCUCCCAGAAUGUUUUAGCUGUAACUCUUCUAUAAAUAUCCAUGCGUUCCAUUAAUUUUCUCAUCCAUCCAUUCUUUUCUCUAAUGCAAGCACAACUCAAAUUUCCCAGAGCCAUGAAUUUCCCAUACCUUUCAGCCCUUAAACUUGUCAUUUUAGCUGUAAUCUUGUCCUCCCAGAAUGUUUUCCUUGGGGCUGAAUCGGCCACGCUAAGCACAGACAGAGAGGCCUUGCUCUCAUUCAAGUCUCUCAUAAGUAUGGAACCACCUAAUGCUCUCUCUACUUGGGAUCCAAACUCAUCCCCUUGCAACUGGACUGGAGUAGUCUGCAACAAACUCCGCCAGAGGGUGGUUGAGCUUGACCUCUCCGACAUGGGAAUAACAGGUUCCAUAAGCCCUCAUAUAGGCAACCUCUCAUUUCUUAGAUCACUUCAACUGCAGCAUAACCGAUUCACGGGAACACUCCCUGAUCAACUUGGGAAUCUUUUUCGGCUGAGGAUUAUGAAUAUUAGCUCCAACAGCGUAGAAGGUGCGAUACCACGAAAUAUAAGCCGGUGCAGGGAGCUCCGGAUCAUUGACAUGAUGCAGAAUGAGAUUUCAGGAAGAAUUCCCGAAGAGCUCGGUGAGCUCGCAGAGCUCCAAGUCUUGAACUUGGGAAGAAACCAGCUUUCAGGUGCAAUUCCACCAUCCAUAGCCAACGUUUCUUCUCUCACUGUUUUAAUUUUGGGCACCAAUACGAUAGGUGGAUUGAUAUCCAGUGACCUGUCUCAUCUUCGAAAUUUGAAGCAGCUAGAUCUCACCAUUAACAAUAUCACUGGCACCAUACCACCAUCCAUAUGGAACAUGUCUUCCUUGGUGAAUUUAGCCGUGGCUUCCAAUGAUUUGUGGGGAGAUCUUCCUAACGAUGUUGGAGUUACACUCCCAAACCUUCUAAUCUUCAAUUUUUGCAUCAAUAAAUUCACUGGCACUAUUCCAGGGUCUUUGCACAAUCUCACAAAGAUACGAGUCAUUCGCAUGGCACACAACUUGUUACAUGGGACGGUACCACCAGGAUUGGGAAAUCUUCCAGACCUUCAAAUGUACAACAUUGGAUUCAAUGAGAUCAUUAGCUCUGGCGAAAGUGGUCUCGAUUUCAUUACAUCUCUGACAAAUAGUACCCAUCUCCACUUCCUUGCAAUUGAUGGCAAUCUUCUAGAAGGUAUAAUUCCAGAGUCCAUAGGCAAUCUUUCCAAGGUUCUGUCCAGUUUAUACAUGGGAAGGAACCUUAUUCAUGGUAGUAUACCUGCCUCGAUUGGUCUGCUUAGUGGCUUAACUUUGUUAAAUUUGAGCUACAACUCAAUUUCUGGUCAAAUUCCCCAAGAAAUGGCUCAGUUAGAGAAACUGCAAAUGUUGGGUUUGGCCGGAAAUCGUAUCUCCGGCAUAAUUCCAAGUUCUCUGGGUAAUUUUCAAAAGUUGAAUGAUAUUGAUUUAUCAAGGAAUGAAUUUGUUGGUAGCAUACCCACAAGUUUUGGGAAUUUCAGGUAUUUGUUCUCAAUGGACUUGUCUAAUAACAAGCUCAAUGGAGGCAUACCCAAGGAAAUUCUAAAUCUCUCAAGUUUAAGUACCUUCCUCAAACUAUCUAACAAUUUCCUAUCUGGGCCUCUGCCUCAAGAAGUUGGGUUCCUAGAAAAUGUUGGCACAAUUGAUCUCUCAAGCAACCGUUUGUCAGGUAACAUUCCCCCGUCAAUUGCGAAGUGUCAGAGCUUGGAGAAACUGUUUAUGGCCAACAACAUGUUUUCGGGUCCUAUUCCAGAUACUUUAGUGAAAGUGAAAGGCUUGGAAAUUCUUGACCUCUCCUCAAACCAACUCUCUGGUUCGGUUCCUCCUGGUCUACAAAACUUGUCCCUACAAUUUUUGAACCUCUCCUUCAACAACCUUGAAGGAGAAAUUCCUACUGGUGGGAUUUUCUCCAAUAUCUCUAAAGUCCAUCUGGAAGGCAACCCAAAGCUUUGCUUUCAUUCAGCAUGUCAAAAUAGUGGUGGUGGUGGUCGAGUACGAUUGAUAUUAGUUCGUGUUAUAAUAGCAAUUGUUGCCUUAUUAGCACUAUGUUUCACUGUUGGCUUGUUGUUCUACAUAAGAAAAAGCAAAGCAAAUGUCAUGGCAUCAUUUGAAUCCUUCAAGAGGCAACACCAAAUAGUCUCUUAUGAUGAACUUCGUCUUGCAACUGGAAAUUUCAACCAAGAAAAUCAGAUUGGGCGUGGUAGUUUCGGAGCUGUUUACAAAGGGUAUCUUGGAGAAGGAAUCGCCGUCGCGGUUAAGGUCCUUGACACACAGAUAAAUGGAUCUUGGAAGAGUUUUUUUGCAGAGUGUGCAGCUCUGAGGAACACCAGGCACCGGAAUCUUCUUAAAGUGAUCACCACGUGCUCAAGUGUAGAUUUCAGGAACAUGGAAUUUCUUGCUCUUGUUUACGAGUUCAUGAGCAAUGGGAGCUUAGAUGAUUGGAUUAAUGGAAAGAGAAGGAAGUCAGAUGGUGAGGGAUUAGAUAUUGUGGAUAGAGUGAAUGUGGCAAGCGAUGUUGCAUGUGCCAUAAACUAUUUGCAUCAUGAGUGUGAAUCCCCGAUGGUGCAUUGUGAUUUGAAGCCAAGCAACGUUCUUUUAGAUGAAGACAUGGUCGCAAAGGUUGGAGAUUUUGGGCUUGCCAAGUUGUUGAUUGCAAGAACCGGCACUCAAUCUUCGACGAAUGUCUUGAAGGGUUCCAUAGGCUACAUACCUCCAGAGUAUGGCCUUGGGGAGAAACCAUCAGCUGCAGGUGAUGUGUACAGCUUCGGAAUUAUGCUGCUAGAGCUUUUCACCGGAAAGAAACCAACCCAUGAGAGCUUCGUCGGAGGGAUAAACCUAAAGAAAUGGGUACAAUUGGCUUUCCCAAACAACAUGGAGCAAGUUCUGGACCCUGAGCUACUUUCAGAGAUUGAAAACUUUGGUUGUGAUGAUCAAUCCAUUAGCCUAGAAAUACGAUGUGAUUGCUUGAAAACAGUUGUUGGUAUCGCGUUAUCUUGCACUUCUGAUUCUCCAACUGAACGUAUAAGCAUGAAAGAAGUUUAUCGUAAGCUGCAAUGUGUUAAAGAAGACCUUCUCAAACCUGAUGUUACAGAGAAAAACAAGUUUAAAAAUUUGAGGGCAAGAAGUUAAGUUUUUCUCUGCAACUUAUCUUAUGAUUUUAUUAAGAAUGAAUAAGGAGAGUAUCUAGAUGUUUUGUUCAUUUGUAGAUACAGUAGUAGAGAUAUUUGAAGGAAUGUUGGUCAAUGCUGCAAAGGUAUGUAUGUACUGAGCAUCAAUGUGUAAAGUCAAAUAUCC